CACUCAUCUAGGUCAUUGAGGGGGAUCUUUAGUACAUCAGACUAGCCCACUCAGCCACAACACAGCUCUGAGACAACAAGUAGCAAUGACCGCGGAUAUAAACUACCCAUGGAAGAUCGGAUUUCUCACCGACGAUGUUCCCCAAGAUCCGAGAUCAUCAUUAUCAACAGCACCAUCGAUAUCAAAGAUCCCCAUAAGAUCAGAUAUUAGACUAGUACAGUACAACUGCUCAGCCACAAUACUAGCGUCUUGUAGAAAACAAGUCCCGCUUACUCAAUCCUCCCCAUCCCAACUUCCAACUUCCAGGGUCGCUCUCAGCCUUAGUACAUGCACAUGUCGCAGGCAGUUUCUCCAAACUCAGCGAGUCAGAAGACUCUUUUUUAUGACUUUUUCGUGCUACGGAAAAAAGAUUAUUAUACUCUUUUUCUUAAUGGAUGGAAAAAGGUCCCCGAAGACCCCCGAAAAUUCCAACGAACUGUAGCAAAGUUUCCCCAAAAGCAUGGUAUAAGCUUCAUAAUGAUCUUCUUCGGCUCCAUUGAUAUGGGAAAGCAAGUUUGACAGGGGAUGUAUAGGCUGUUAGAAACCGCCGGUUUGGAUGGAUAGAAACAUCAUUCAAGCAAAGAAAGUUGGAAGGUCUGACCUUGCCGGUUCUAAAGGAAAUCAGGGGCAAG